GAAAGAGGAGAGGAGAGAGAGAGAAUAGCUUUGUGAAUUUUAGCAUCCCCUCUCUCUCUCUCAUCAAUGGUGUUUUGGGUGGAGCUUUACGCAACCCAUUACCUCUGUCCCUCGAUCAAAUCUUCCUCCGCACCUCCACUUCAAUCCCGUUUCCUCCAAUCCCUCUCUCUCUCUUUCUGCGCUCACUCUGCUCGAUCGUGGAGUUUCUCUCCUGCACGGUUGCUCUAGUUGCGAUUCGUGAUGAUCCUGAUGGUGAAGAUCGCUUUUUGAUGCCUGAGCAGUCCAAUGCUCCUUCCCUAGUUGCCUAAUUUCGAUCGAUUCGGAAGACCCAGUUGUUCUUUUCCUUGUGCUUUUUGCCCCGAAGGAAUUCCAUGGGCAACAGCGGAAGCGGCCGCCGGAGGCACGGGAGCCGGCGCGGCCACCCUCCGCCGCCGCAGCAGCAGCCGGAGGUCACCUCCAACAGGUACGUCGUCACGGCCGCGACCACGUACCCGCCCCAGUACCCGAGCCCUAACCCGCCUCCGCAGUACUACCAGUACCCCGGGUACUACCCUCCGCCGCCCCCGCCGGCGACCCCUUCGCCGCUCCCGGCGCCGUACGACCACCACCAUCAUCCCCGGGGCGGUGGUGGCCCGCCGCAUGCGGAACAGGUCCACGGGAAUUGGGUCGGCGGGAGGUACCCGUGCGGGCCGGUUAUGAUGAUGCCUUAUGUGGAGCACCAGAAGGCGGUUACCAUUAGGAAUGAUGUGAACAUUAAGAAGGAGACACUGAGGAUUGAGCCUGAUGAGGAGAAUCCUGGGAAGUUUCUGGUUUCGUUCACUUUUGAUGCCGCUGUCGAUGGAAGAAUCACAGUGGUUUUCUUUGCAAAGGAAGGGGAGGACUGUAGUCUCAGUGCAAUGAAAGAAGACCUUCUACGACCAGUAAUAGUGGAAUUCCGGGGAGGUCUUGGCCAGAAGUUUAAACAGCCCUCUGGAACAGGAAUCGAAUUUUCAAUGUUCGAGGAGACAGAAUUAAGAUACAGUGACACAGACGUGUGUCCUCUAGCAGUGAAGGCGGAGUCAUCCUUGGGUACCCAGAAAGGUCCUGAUGGGAAUGCCAUGUCGAGAACCAUGAACUCUCAGAUAACUCAGGUUGUGUUUGAGAAGGAGAAGGGCGAAUAUCAGGUGCGGGUUGUGAAGCAGAUCUUGUGGGUGAAUGGAAUGAGGUAUGAGUUGCAGGAGAUUUAUGGCAUCGGGAACUCGGUCGAGAGUGACAUCGAUGGAAAUGACCCUGGAAAGGAAUGCGUGAUUUGCCUGUCAGAACCAAGGGACACAACUGUCCUUCCCUGUCGACACAUGUGUAUGUGUAGCGGGUGUGCGAAGGUUUUGAGGUUCCAGACAAACAGGUGUCCCAUCUGUCGGCAACCGGUCGAGAGGCUUCUGGAGAUCAAGGUCAGCAGUGCUGCUGACGAAUGAAGUUGCCGUUUAUUAGCAUGCUCAUGCUGUAUAAUAGUCCUUUGGUUUUGUUCCUUCUUUUUAUUUUUGUUUUCUUUGAAAUUCUUUUUUUUCUCCCUUCCUCUGUGCUUAUUCAGUCUUUGCCUGUGCAAUGAUCACAUGGCGAGUUUUACUCACCAAGGCACGACGAAGCGUUUGCUCUGAAUCCAUCAAAGAACAUACUGCUUAUUUAUACUUCCGGGUGUUGUUUACGUGACAUUCUAAGUAGUUCAUGCAAUCUUAGCUCCUCUAGCUGCUCAAGAUGAUGUUGUGAUGAAAUUCUGGCUCUGAUGCUGUUUAAUCC